AUGUCUUUGGCUACAGCAGUAUGUCGAAGAUACGUAUUGCGUUGCAGCGAAUUAGAAAAAUCGGAGACCCGUAUAACGAAUCAUAUUUGUGCAAACCAUUCGAUCUGUUGCGAUCUACCAAACAAAUCAAAUAUAGAUUCUCGAAGCAGAGAGAAGUCGUGUAUGAAGGAUAAUAAUUCUGUUUGUCAAAACGACUUAUCGACUUGUUACAAUGCAUCGACCGAAUCCAAUUCACUUUCCAAUGAACAGGAGGACAAUUCGAUCUACGAUACGAAAGAAUCAUCCGCAUCGAUCUGGAGGCCGCUCUCAGCGUGUUACAGCAUGCCAGAAGAAUCAGAUCCUCUGGUCAAAGAACUGCUUGAACAACUUUCCAGAACGCGAUACACGAACGAGUAUCGCAGACACUGGGAAAUGAUGGUGCACUGCGAGAGGGCCGCGUUUCCAAGGGCGGCGUUGAAUUUGCCUCUGCCCUCGAGGGAGGGCCGUUUCUACUGGCAUUUGUACUCAACCGCGAUGAAAAACUCACAUCCCUACCAGAAACAAGUGAAUCACGCUCUGCUCGUUACAUUGGCCAAACUUCUGUAUAGCCAAAAAAGCAAGAGGGGUAUGAGCGUUUGGGCAGAAUUGAUUCGGCUACAAACGUUUGAUCAAAUUGGCCGGAAGAAUUUGAUAACUCGACUAGAACGACUCCUCUAUAAACAGAUUAGACUAGAAUCUAUUUGUCUGGAAGGUUUGUCGUUAACGCCAGACGAAGGUGUACGACUACUAUUGGCAUUAUACAACUCCCGUAAAACAAUGAGACACGUAUAUUGUUGGCACGCGUUCGAGAAAAUGGUAGGCCUCACGGUGGAUCCUGGUCAUCACGAACAAUCAAGAUUUUAUACGGACAAAGAAAUCAAGAUAUGCGACUGGUUUCGCGCCAUCGGCUGCUUGGAGUUUCUCACCACUUUAUCUGUAAACUACGCGUACAUAGCGACACCCACGGGAGAUCUACUCGUCAGUUUGGCCAAGAAACUUGGAACAAAUUGGCACUGGUUACAGCUAUUGUGUUCAGAAGAAGAAAUUAUACAAAAAGCAGAAGAUGAAUAUGAUAUUGAAAAAGUCGUAAUACCGGACAGCGCUUGGAGAGCAGCACAUUUUUGGGCACCAGUACUGAAAGUACAAUAUGCUAUUAUAGGAAUAGCACGAUAUGAUGUCCAUAAGAAAUUUUUUACAAAACAUACUCGAAUCCAUACUUUUGCACUAUCAACGAGUAUCGAUUUGAAAUUUCGACAGCCAUGGUAUCUCGAUUGCACGAUUAAAACACUUUGCACAUGGUAUUCGGAUACUCUAGUAUACUUAUGCCUGCAAUUAUGGCACAAUCGACAGAAUUUGGAUGAUCAACUAAGACGACUCUUUAUUUACUUACCAUCACUUCGUGUUUUUGAAUAUAUCGGCGAAAUUCGAACAUUGAAAACACUUUGUGCUAUGUGCUGUCAAAUACGAUCUGGUCAUUGCAAUGUUUAUCGUGUUAAUAUGCAACUUCAAGAUGUUAAUGGUUUAGAUAAAGAGAAAUGGAUAAAGAGCAUAAGGUGUAUGAUGGCUUGUUUCAAAUGCGAUUUUAAUAGAAUGGGUGUUGAAUUUAAUAUCGACUUUUAUUGUUGUUAA